AUGUCGACCUCCUAUUCUAACCCCGCUCCUACAUCCUCGACAUAUAACCACAUGGCAUCCCGACUGGACCGACUGUCCAAGUAUCUAACAGCCGUCAUCAACGGGACCAAGAAGGUCGAACGAGGCGAGGAUGCAAAGCGAUUGCUGGAGGCCCUGUGUGCCCAACCCGAUCAUCUGCGGUGCAUCGAGCGCGUGCUGGCCUCCUCCGCCGGCAUCCACGCGCUGCAGAACAGCGUCCGGUUGGAUCUGGCACUCGGCUUCCUGAACGGUUCUGUCGCGGCCUUCCUGUGCUAUCUGCAAGACCCCAGCCUCGAAGACUUCGGCAACGGGCAGUUUGUGCGCAAGGUGGUCAGCUAUCUGGUUGAUCCGCCGAUCUUCUGGAACGCCUUUGUAGACGCCCAUACACAACGCUUAUUGAGCGAGGAGGCUGAGCUGGGCUUCGCCUGGCUCCUGUUGAAUCUGCUCGGGUCGCCCUCAUAUUCCUCAGACGUGAUCCGGAUCGCCCAAGAAGACCGGGAGCGCCGAUCGUUCCUGGACUCCCCCUCGCUCCGCAUCAGAACAGUGGGCUACCGCAUCGACAACUUCCUUCAGACCAUCGCCGUCCAGGUCACCCCAGAGGAGAGCUACCGGCCCGGCGGGCGACACGACAAUGACUGCGAGGACUUCCGCCAGAUCGCCAUCCUGCCGACCCCCGAUGAGAUCGUGUCGACGGACCUGCCCUACUACCGACUAGCGGAGGAGAUUUACCGCGUGCCCUUCGACCAGCGCCCCGCCGUCCAUCAUGACAACCAGUUCCGGCUGCUGCGGGAGGAUCUGUUGGCCGAGCUUCGCAACGAUCUGCUGAUCGCCCGCGGCGAGAAGAAGGGACGGCGGUCCGCCCGCCCCGUCGACGGGCUUCGAUUUUCUAAGGUCGACUGCGGGGAGCCCAUCCGUCGCAGGACCGCCCGGCUGCUUUUCUGUUGCACCAGGGGUCUGCCCCAACUCGCUGCCCUGCAACAGACUGAUCGCCAGAAGCUCCUGGACACCGACAAGAAUGUCCUCAAGCAUCAAUCCUUUGGGUGUCUGCUCUACGGGGCGGAGAUCAUUGCAUUCGCAUCGGUCGACCGCGGAGCGUCUUCACUUGUGGACAACGUCCCGACGCUGGCAUUGGACGUGUCGGGCCACGAUGGGCUGAGUCGGGUUCUUCUGUAUGCGAAGAUCAACUCCUUGUUUACGUUUCUAGCCGUGAACACCCCGGUAUUUGCAUAUGAACCGAUCCUCCGGCGGCUGCAGGAAAAGGUGGAAUUUCCCAUGUCUGACAUCCUGCUCGCCGCGGAGCCCCGGCAGCAGCCGCUGGCCCUCGGUUCUAAACUCACCUCCAUUGUCACUCAAAUCCGGACGAGCCACGGGAAAAGCCUGCAGGGUGUCCUAGGCGCCCCGCGUGAGGUCUCUCUGGAUGCGUCGCAGGUAAAAUCGCUCUUGGACGGGUUGGAACAGAGGAUUAGCGUCAUCCAGGGACCCCCAGGGACCGGAAAGUCAUUCAUCGGGGCAUUGAUCGCCAAGAUUCUGCAUGACUAUACCAGCAAGACGAUGAUGGUCAUUUGUUACACGAACCAUGCAUUGGAUCAAUUUCUCGAGGAUCUGAUGGAUAUUGGCAUCCCGGAUACCUCCAUGGUCCGGCUGGGUGCCAAAUCCACUGCUCGAACCAAGGCCCUGAGUCUCAUGGAUCAGCCGGCCGGAAAGUCGGCGUCCAUUUCAUGGCCGCUCGUCGUGAAGAAGAGGGCAGAGUUGGACGACCUGGCAAACCAGUUAGAGUUAGUCGUCUGUAACUUCACCAGUGGCCGGGUCAGCAAAGGGGAGAUGCUCGAGUACCUGGAGUUUUCCGAUGAUUCCGAUUUCUUCGAUGCGUUCGUCGUCCCGGACCUGGACUCGGGUAUGCAACGGGUGGGAAAGAAGAACAAGAGAAUCGAUCGAUUCUACCUGUGGGACUCCUGGCAGGGUGGGAGAGACGCUGGCGUGUUCAGGGGUGCCGUGAGCCCCCAACACGCCCAUAUCUGGAUGAUGCCCAUCGCCAGGCGCAGAGAACUGAUAUCCAAGUGGCAGAAAAGCAUUUUACAGGAGAGUUGCGCCGGUGUGGUGGAGCUGAUCGGGAAAUAUAAUGCCGUCGACAGGGAGCUGCAGGAAUACUUUUAUGACAAAAAGCACUCCUCGGUCCUGAAGCAGAAGCGCAUCGUCGCAUGCACCACCAACGCGGCCGCCCGUUAUGACCGUGCCUUGCAGAUGGCCAAGCCAGACGUCAUUCUGGUCGAAGAGGCCGGCGAGAUCCUGGAGAGCCACGUCCUCACCGCGAUGACCGCCAACACCGAGCAAGUGGUACUGAUCGGAGAUCACAAGCAGCUUCGGCCCAAGGUGAACAAUUACAAUCUGUCGGUGGAGAAGGGGGACGGGUUCGAUCUUAAUAGGUCACUGUUCGAACGGCUCAUUCUGCGGCAGUAUCCCCACACCUCGCUCUCGAAGCAGCAUCGCAUGCGCCCGGAGGUCUCCCAACUGAUCCGACAUCUCACGUACCCGGAGCUCGAGGACGCCGAACGAACCCGUCAACGACCGCGACUGCGGGGAUUUCAAGGCGAGGUCAUCUUUAUGCACCAUGACCAUCUGGAGAGUGACUUGAAUGUGGCAGAGAAGAGAGACCCCACAAUUAAAUCUAGCAAGCAGAAUCUAUUCGAGGUCCAGAUGGCCCUGAUGGCAGUUCGGUAUCUAGGACAGCAAGGCUACGGUACAGACAACAUUGUCGUCUUAACGCCUUAUCUCGGCCAGUUGUCGCUCCUUCGGACGGAGCUGAGCAAGACAAACGACCCGAUCCUGAAUGAUCUCGACUCCAACGAUCUGGUAAGGGCGGGGCUUCUCAGUCCCGGCAUGGCAAAGUCAGCCAGGACCGCCAUCCGGAUCUCAACUAUCGACAAUUACCAGGGCGAAGAAAGCGACAUCGUGGUGGCCACCCUGACCCGUAGCAAUGAGGCGGGAGAUAUAGGGUUCAUGGCAGCCCCUGAGCGAGUCAACGUGCUGCUCUCCCGAGCACGCAAUGCCCUUCUCAUGAUUGGGAACGCCAACACCUUUCUCAAGAGCCGCAAAGGCCAAGCGACGUGGCAGCCUUUAUUUGAUCUGCUUCGGGAAAAUGGGCACGUCUAUGACGGGUUUCCAUUGCGGUGUGAGAGACACCCAGAUCGGAAAGUACUCGUUAAAGAACCUCAGCAGUUCCACAAGACAUGCCCCGACGGAGGUUGCAUGGAUCCAUGCCCGGCCCUGCUUGCUUGCAAUAUCCACCAAUGUCCCAGACGUUGUCAUCGACCAGAAGAUCACUCCCAGAUGAAGUGCACCGAAAGGAUCUACACCACCUGUCCGAACAGUCACAAUAGCUUCCGGUCAUGCCACCAGAGUGCCUCUAACCUGCAGUGCACCAAGUUAAUUUACACCACGUGUCCAAAAGGCCACAAGUACUCGUGGCCGUGCCACCGAGGCGAUCCUAAGAAUUGUCAAGUUUGUUUGGAUGAGGCGAUUGAGAAUGAGCGAAAGAAGCUUGAGGAUGCUAAACUGGAGGCAAGGAGACAGGAAAUACAGCGUGAGCAUGCUAGACAAUUGCAGGCGAUUGAUGAGAAGAUCAAGCAACAACGUGAGAUCCUUGCCGGUGUCCAGAAUGAUCGGGCUCGACAGGAUGUCCUCGCCCAAAAGCAGAAGGAACUUCAGAACUUGACAGCCACGGCGAACCGAUCUCGACAGCCUCAGCCGCAGCCUCCGGACACCGCAAACAAAGUGUCCGUGAAUGGAGAGUCGAAGGCGAGACCCGAAGCAAUUGCGUUGCAAUCCGAUGCGAAAGACGAGUGGGAGCGGCAAAAGGAAGCGGAAGGACAGUCAAAUGACGCUUUAGACUCAUUGGUUUCUAUGAUUGGGCUCGAAAAUGUCAAGAAUAGUUUCCUAUCCAUAAAAUCCAAAGUGGAGGUCAUUGUGCGACAAGGCGCCGAUCUUUCCGAUGAGAGAUUUAGCGCAGCUCUCCUUGGAAACCCGGGCACAGGCAUGUCUCUAAGAUUCUCCCCGCCGUGGGAAAUCAUUUUGCUAAUCUUGGAUUCUGAUGUAGGGAAAACCACAGUCGCCCGAUUGUAUGCCCGGUUUCUGAGCACGGUGGGCGUCAUUCCAGGCAGCUUCUUUGUCGAGACCUCCGGGUCCAAGCUGGCAACCGGCGGCAUCCCGGGCUGUCAAAAGCACCUCGACGAGAUCCGAUCCAAUGGCGGAGGCGCCAUCUUCAUCGACGAGGCCUAUCAGUUGACGUCUGGGAACACCGCAGGCGGGAGUGCCGUGUUGGAUUUUCUGCUGGCCGAAGUAGAGAAUCUCACCGGCAAGAUUGUGUUCAUCCUCGCCGGCUACAACAAGGACAUGGAAAGCUUCUUUGCCCAUAAUCCCGGUAUCCCGAGCCGGUUUCCUGUGGAGCUCCAGUUUGACGACUAUACCGAUGUAGAACUGCAGGCUAUUCUUCACCGGUGCAUUGACCGGAAGUACCAGGGACGUAUGCAGGUGGAAGGAGGGGCCCAAGGGCUGUACAUGCGAAUUGUUUCCCGUCGCAUCGGGCAAGGCCGGGGCCGACCAGGCUUUGGGAAUGCCCGUGCGGUCCAGAAUGUCUUUGCCAGGAUUACAGAGCGCCAGGCCAAGCGCUUGGAGCGACAGCGCCGGAAAAAGAAAUCUAGUGACGACAUGUUACUCACCAAGGAAGACCUUCUCGGCCCCGACCCGCGCACGGUGCUGGAAGGAAAUGCUGCCUGGCUCAAACUUCAAAGCUUGACGGGGCUCGAAAGUGUCAAAGAAUCAGUCCAAGCCUUGCUUGACACGGUGCAGACUAACUACCGCCGAGAACUCGAAGAACAGCCUUUGGUUCAGUUCUCGUUGAACAAGGUAUUUGUGGGGAAUCCGGGCACUGGCAAGACCACAGUGGCCAAGCUCUAUGGGCAGAUUCUGGCCGACAUGGGGUUUCUCUCCAAAGGCGAAGUUGUCGUCAAAAACCCAUCUGACUUUGUGGGAAACGUCCUGGGAGCUUCUGAGACCGCGACCAAGGGGAUCCUAGCAGCCAGCCUCGGUAAGGUCCUUGUCAUUGAUGAGGCAUACAUGCUUGCCGGUACUUCUUCCGCCUCGGACGGGUCCGCGCCGGCUGAUCUGUACAAGACAGCAGUGGUAGACACCCUUGUAGCUGAAGUACAAAGUGUUCCGGGCGAUGAUAGAUGCGUUCUCUUGCUGGGGUACAAGGAUGCCAUGGAGAGGAUGUUCCAGAAUGUCAAUGAGGGCCUGUCCCGUCGGUUUCCCAUGAGUGCGGCGUUUCAUUUCGGAGACUACACCGACGACGACCUAGAAACGAUCCUGGAUCUGAAACUGAAGCAAGUGGGUUUCCAGGUCACGUCACAAGCAAGAUCAGUAGUUCGCCAGUGUCUGAGUCGGGAACGCAACAAGCCAAACUUUGGAAACGCGGGUGAGGUGGAUAUCCUUCUCGACAAGGCAAAGCUGCAGCAUCAGAAGCGCCUGUCGGCGAGGCAGACACGUAGAAUUGACCUUCUAGAGCCAGUGGACUUCGAUCCCGACUUUGACCGCGCUGAGAGAGAGUCUGUGAACCUUCGGAACCUCUUCAAGGGAGUUGUUGGCUGUGAAGACCUGAUUGCGCAGCUGGAGGGCUACCAGAAUGUGGUCAGGAAUAUGAAACGGCGGGGGCUCGACCCUCGGCAGCAGAUCCCGUUCAACUUUCUGUUUCGAGGCCCGCCAGGGACGGGCAAAACCUCCACCGCCCGACGCAUGGGGCAGAUCUUCUACGAUAUGGGUAUCCUGGCAACCAAGGAAGUCGUCGACACCUCGGCCACCGAUCUCGUGGGACAGUAUGUCGGGCAUACUGGCCCCAAGACGGAAAAGCUUCUCGAAAAGGGUCUGGGGAAGGUCUUAUUCAUUGAUGAGGCCUAUCGCCUCGCCGACGGGGUAUUCGGGAAAGAGGCCAUGGAUCAGCUGGUUGAUUGCCUGACUAAAGAAAAGUACUACAAAAGGCUGAUCGUUAUCCUGGCCGGUUACGAUCAAGAUAUCAACCGGUUGAUGUCAUCGAAUCCGGGCCUGACCAGCCGCUUUUCGGAGACUGUCUCAUUUACCAACUUGACUCCCACGCAAUGCUGGAAGCUGCUCCAGACUAGCCUCGGGAAGAUUAAAGAGCUUGAUCUCCGCGUUACUAAGGUUCCGAGUGAGGAUUUUCACUCGAAAUGCGUGGGCUACUUGGAACGCCUGGCCACGCUGCCGGGCUGGGGAAACGCUCGUGAUGUGCAGACUAUUGCAGACACGAUCAUUCGCAAGGCUUUUGCUCAACCCCCAGGUAGAGAUAACGAACCAAUCCGUGUUAGUGAGGAAGCAGUUACAUCAGUUCUUCAUUCGACGGUGGGUGAGCGCGAGCAUCGUGCAGCGGCUAUAGUGACAGCGUCAGAAAUGAUGGACAGCCUCAAUCCACCGAUGGCAGAAACGCCGGGCCCCGCACAAGUCCCUCCGUCUUUUAUGACGCAGGCUAGAACAGAAGUACGCGCUCCCUCAGAUUCCGUAUGUCAAGAUGGUUAUCUUUCUUCCGCGUCCGCUACGGUGGAGGAUUGGACCCGCGACCCGGGAGUGUCUCAGGAAGUCUGGGAUCAGCUGCAACUCGACCGGCAGGCGAUGGAAGCAGAGCAACAGCGUUGUGAAGAACUUGCUGCCGAGGAAAAGUUGGUGCAACGUCAAAUUGCGGACAGUAACGAUGAGCCGGAUAACGAGGAGCUGCGGAAGUAUGAAGAGCGGCUGAGGCGUCUUGCCCGGGAGAGGAUCAAGGCGGAGGAGCGCGAGAAGCAAGAGAAGGCAGCGCAGAAGAAACUGCGGACGAUGGGAGUGUGUCCUGUAGGGUACCAGUGGAUCAAACAAGUGACAGGCUAUCGAUGUUCUGCAGGAGGGCAUUUUGUUUCUAAUGAACAGCUGGGCUGAUGGAUGGACUAGUUAUCGG